AUUCCCACUCCCAUAGCUUUUCGAAUCGGUCGCUAGUGAAAUGAAGAAGCAUUUGGAAGUGUUCUUGGUCGUGGCAUUAGCUGCUCUAGCGGAAUUGCCAGGAGUUACAGCCUCGUCCGUGGAAAUACUGUCCCAUUGUGUCGCCUGUCCGGACGAAUUUAGGGGCAUGUUGGUCUGCGCCUUUAUCAACGGUUGCUACUUGGAAAUAGAAUACUGCUCCAUGGUGGUCUUCAACUGUGGACGCCAACAGCACCACAAACACUUGUUCCUAGUGGUAAACGAGGGCAAGUGCAAGCCAGUUCGGGGCUACAAAUGCGAGACCAUGGAUUUUUAAGUUCUGGCGGAGGUUCUCCGCAUUUAUUUAUUGAUGUAAUGAUUACAAUUUAAAGUGCUUAAUCUGAGGGAAAUGUGUGACGAUUAAAACUUGACAAUGUGUCCGGUGAAAUAG